GUUUGCCCGGCUGGAGCGAGUACAUUAACCCUGGGAGGCGGCGGCGAGGGAGCGAGCGAACCUCGAGCGGGCGGGCCCCAGCCUGAGGGAAGGGAGGAAGGGGCGGGGAGAGCGCCAUAGGGAGGCCGGUCGGCCGCGGGCGGGCGGGCAGCGCAGCGCCAAGCAGGGCCCGCGGGCCCAUGAGGAGGCCCGGGGACCAUGGGCUCCAGGAUCAAGCAAAACCCGGAGACUACGUUUGAAGUAUACGUGGAAGUAGCUUAUCCUCGGACAGGUGGCUCUCUUUCAGAUCCUGAGGUGCAGAGGCAAUUCCCGGAGGACUACAGUGACCAGGAAGUUCUACAGACUUUGACCAAGUUUUGUUUCCCCUUCUAUGUGGACAGCCUCACAGUUAGCCAAGUUGGCCAGAAUUUCACGUUCGUGCUCACUGACAUUGACAGCAAGCAGAGAUUUGGGUUCUGCCGCUUAUCUUCAGGAGCCAAGAGCUGCUUCUGUAUCUUAAGCUAUCUCCCGUGGUUCGAGGUAUUUUAUAAGCUACUUAACAUCUUGGCAGAUUAUACAACAAAAAGACAGGAGAGUCAAUGGAAUGAACUUCUUGAAACUCUGCACAGACUUCCCAUCCCUGACCCAGGCGUAUCUGUUCAUCUCAGUGUGCAUUCUUACUUUACUGUGCCUGAUACCAGAGAACUUCCCAGCAUACCUGAGAAUAGAAAUCUGACAGAAUAUUUUGUGGCGGUGGAUGUAAACAACAUGCUGCAUCUGUAUGCCAGUAUGCUGUACGAGCGCCGGAUCCUCAUCAUCUGUAGCAAGCUCAGCACUUUGACUGCCUGCAUCCACGGCUCGGCCGCGAUGCUCUACCCCAUGUACUGGCAGCAUGUGUACAUCCCUGUGCUGCCCCCACAUCUGCUGGACUACUGCUGUGCUCCCAUGCCCUACCUCAUAGGAAUCCAUUUAAGUUUAAUGGAGAAAGUCAGAAACAUGGCCCUGGAUGAUGUCGUAAUCCUGAAUGUGGACACCAACACCCUGGAAACUCCCUUUGAUGACCUCCAGAGCCUCCCAAAUGAUGUGAUCUCUUCACUGAAGAACAGGCUGAAAAAAGUCUCCACAACCACUGGUGAUGGCGUGGCCAGAGCCUUCCUCAAGGCCCAAGCUGCUUUCUUCGGUAGCUACCGGAAUGCUCUAAAAAUUGAACCGCCUGCCCUGGGAUCGCUCCCAGCCGAAGCCUCCUCUGGUCCGCUCCCCGCGGCUCCUUCUGUGCUUCGCUCCGAAGCCUCUACCGGUCCGCUCUCCGCGGCUCCUUCCGGGCUUUUACUUCCCCCCAGGGGUGGCACCAGUAUAUAUACGGAUACAGUGUCCAAUCAUAUUAAACCUGCCCUGGGAUCGCUCCCAGCCGAAGCCUCCUCUGGUCCGCUCCCCGCGGCUCCUUCUGUGCUUUGCUCCGAAGCCUCUACCGGUCCGCUCUCCGCGGCUCCUUCCGGGCUUUUACUUCCCCCCAGGGGUGGCACCAGUAUAUAUACGGAUACAGUGUCCAAUCAUAUUAAAGAGGAACCCAUCACCUUCUGCGAGGAAGCCUUUGUGUCCCACUAUCGCUCCGGAGCCAUGAGACAGUUCCUGCAAAAUGCCACACAGCUACAGCUCUUCAAGCAGUUUAUUGAUGGACGAUUAGACCUCCUCAAUUCUGGUGAAGGUUUCAGUGAUGUUUUUGAAGAGGAGAUCAACAUGGGGGAAUAUGCUGGCAGUGAUAAACUGUACCAUCAGUGGCUCUCCACGGUCCGGAAAGGAAGCGGAGCAAUUCUGAAUACCGUAAAAACAAAAGCCAAUCCGGCCAUGAAGACCGUCUACAAGUUCGCAAAAGAUCAUGCAAAAAUGGGAAUAAAAGAGGUGAAAAACCGCUUGAAGCAAAAGGACUUCACAGAAAACGGCUGUGCCCCCACUGCAGAAGAACCACUACCAAAGACUGCGCCGUCACCCCUGGUGGAGGCCAAGGACCCCAAGUUCCGAGAGGACCGGAGACCAAUCACAGUCCACUUUGGGCAGCCACAAAGACUCCAUCCCACUCGACCGCCGCCUCCCAAGAUACAGCGUGCAAGGCCCGUUCGCCCUCCCCGUCCUCAUGUUGUCAAGAGACCGAAGAGCAACAUCUCCAUGGAAGGCCGAAGGACGUCUGUUCCAAGCCCUGAGCACCUGGUAAAGCCUUUGCGACACUAUGCGGUCUUCCUCUCCGAAGACUCCUCUGACGAUGAAUGCCAGCGGGAAGAGGCCCCGAGCGCUGGCUUCACCGAAAGCUUUUUCUUCUCCGCUCCCUUUGAAUGGUCUCUCCUUCCUCCUUCCAGCUCCCCGGGCUCGGCUUGGCCACAACCGUAUCGGACACUCAAGGAGUCAGACAGCGCAGAAGGUGAUGAGGCAGACAGUCCCAAGCAACCAUCAGGAGAGCCCAGGCCCCCCGUCCCCGCCCCCCCUGACCGGGCUGCCAGCAUCGACCUCCUGGAGGACAUCUUCAGCAGCCUGGAUGUGGAGGCCCCAGUUCAGCCCCUGGGCCAGGCAAAGAGCAUGGAGGACCUGCGGGCCCCCAAAGACUUGCCAGAGCAGCCAGGGACCUUUGACUAUCAGAGGCUGGACCUGGGCAGGAGCGAGAGGAGCCUCGGCGUGAUGAUGGCCCUGAAGCUCGCCCACCCAUACAACAAGCUUUGGAGCCUGGGCCAGGACGACAUGGCUAUACCCAGCAAGCCCCCCAGUACCUCCCCUGAGAAGCCCUUCACCCUGCCUGGGAACUCCCUGAGCCUGCCUUGUAGGCCCCAGACCCGCAGCAGCAUCCUGAGCCCCAGUAACAGGGAGGAGGCUCCCACCCCCACUCCAGGCAGUAUCACCAUCCCCCGGCCACAGGGCAGGAAGACGCCAGAGCUGGGCAUCGUACCUCCACCACCCACCGCCCGGCCGGCCAAGCUCCCGGCUGCUGGCAGCACUCUUGGGGACUUCUCGGUGGAUCGGGAGAGGCAAACUGCUCCAAGCCCAGCCCUGUUCCCAGGGCCCCUCCCCAGGGUGGCCCCCCAAGGCCCCACGGAAUUGCUGCAGCCUCUCAACCCAGCCCCAGCAGCUACAGGCACGGGCAGUGAUGCCUUGCUUGCCCUUCUGGACCCACUCAACACAGCCUGGUCAGGCGACAUCGGCCCCCCACACCCUACCACCCCAAAUGUAGCCACCCCAUUUACCCCCCAGUUCAGCCUUCCCACUGCAGGGUCCUCCACCCGCUUCCCUCAGCCACCACUCAACCCUUUUGUCCCAUCUGUGCCAGUAGCACCUCCUGCCAUGCCUCUGGGUGCCACACCAGCUGGGCCUUUUGGGGCCCCUCCAGCUUCCUUAGGGCCAGCUUUUGCUCCCAGCCUCCUCCUGUCCAGUUCUGGCUUCUGCGCACCUUACAGGUCUCAGACCAACCUGUCUGCCCUCUCCAUGCCCAACCUCUUUGGCCAGGUACCCAUGGGCACCCACACCAGUCCCUUGCAGCCACUGGGACCCCCCUUAGUCACCCCAUCCAGGAUCCGAACAUUGCCCCUGCCUCGCUCAAGUGCCAGAGCUGCUGAGGCCAAGCAGGGGCUGGCCCUGAGGCCUGGAGAUCCCCCACUCCUGCCUCCCCAGCCCCUCCAGGGCCUGGAGCCAGCACUGCAGCCCUCUGCUCCUCCGCAGGCCAGAGACCCCUUUGAGGAUUUGUUACAGAAAACCAAGCAGGAUGUGAGCCCGGCCCCAGCCCCCAGCUCGGUGGAGCAGCUCCGGAGGCAGUGGGAGACCUUCGAGUGAGCAGGCCGAGGGCAACCCUCUGCCCCGUGUCUGCCUAGGUCUGCUGGUGGGAAGGGAUGGGGCCUGUUCUUCCACCCCUCCCCACACCGCCCUUCUCUGAGGUCACUGGGGAAUGGUGCCAGUCACCACCUGGGAAGUGCCUGGACUUCUGGGCACCACCUACCCCACAGCCUCUUCGGCACCCUGCUUGGGUUUUGCACUAGAGUCAGCUGGGCCAGCAACUACCCCAGCCCUCAUCCUGCCACCCACUUCCCACCCCCACCCCAUGGGGGUCCUGCUCUCCUGUCCUGCAGCCAGGCUGGGUCUGCUCCCCACCGGCACAGGUGUCAGUGUGAGCCCCAGGAUGCACCGUCUGCAGGAGACAUGGUGGUUCAGGGAUGGCAUGCACUUCCGAGCUGUAGGACUGCCUGCCUGGUGGGCCCUCUCCAAACCCUCUCUAGCAAUAUGCCCUUUUCAGGAGUCUCUGCCCCGGCCCACAGGUUCCACUUGUCUCUGGAGGCCAGGCUGUUCCUCCAGGCUCCUCGUGGUAGCCACACCCAGCCCCAGACACUCCUGUGUGGGGCCCAGGAACACCAGCAACUCUGACUUGUAGGAGAAAAUCCCCACAGCGUGAGUGUCACCUGGGACCUCCAGGCCAUCCCGGUCUCUCCUGUCACUGUCAAAGAUGGGGCCCAGCCUCCUGCUCUCUGGGACUUCACAGGCAGAGCUGAGCAGCAACUACCCAGAUCCCAACUCCAAGGCCUAGAAGACAGAGGUGCCACUGCAGCCUGGGCACCGUGGGGCAGGACAAGGCAGGCCUGAGGCCCUCGAGGCCCCUGCGGAGGGGACACGUGGAGGCCCGAGAGCCAGCCCCUCCUCGCCCACCUGGAGCUUCUCGCCAGCACACAAAUUCCUGAGGCCACAGCACCAAAGUUCAAUUGGAAUGUAUUGUUAUUGUUCCUUUUAUCUUUCUUUUCCUUUUUACCUUAUUGAUUUGAUGAAUCUUGAAAACUGACUCUUUUCAAUAAACCAAGUUAAAAAACA